GCUCCCGGCUCCGCCAGCGCCUCGCAGCUCGUCCCGCUCCGCAGUGCAGCCCGGCCGGCCGGCGGGAGCUCAGCAUGGCCGUGACCCUCAACAGCCGCUUCCAAGGAGGCAAAGCCUACGGGCAGCGGAGAGCGCAGCAGGAGGGGCGGCUGGAGGAGAUAAACAAGGAAUUUCUCUGUGACCCCAAGUUCAGUGAUGAAGAGGACCUGGAGGAGAAGCUUGCGGUGUUCAAAGAGAAAUAUAUGGAGUUUGACCUGAAUAACCAAGGCGAGAUUGAUCUAAUGUCUGUCAAAAGGAUGAUGGAGAAACUGGGGGCUCCGAAGACACACUUAGAGCUGAAGAAGAUGAUCUCUGAAGUGACUGGAGGGGUUAGCGAAACCAUCUCUUACCAGGACUUCGUCAACGUGAUGCUUGGCAAGCGCUCCGCCGUCCUUAAAUUAGUCAUGCUGUUUGAAGGAAAAGCCAAUGAAAACAUCCCAAAGCCUUCUGGCCCGCCUCCAGAGAGAGAUAUUGCCAGUCUUCCCUGAAGGCAAUAGGCUGAGAGCCAAAUCUGUCGGCACUAUGGUGAUCUUUAAGGAGGGUUACCUGUUUUGUUACUUUUACAUUGGUCAGUCUUAGUAAUAGAAACUAAUCUGCCGUAGAAGAGGAAUGACAAGGGAAGCCCAGGGACCCCCAGUCCACAGGUAGCCGUCUCUUUGCUGCAUCUCCUAGCCAGUUUCAUCUGUAGCAAAAGUGUAAACAUGAAACCAAAAAUAACUGCAACCUCACCUGUGGUUCUCAGGUAAGAAAUUGCUGAUUGUUCUCUGUGGUUUCUAGCAUGGAUCUCUCUGCUAGAAGGGGCUGCCUCCUUUUGAACAGGUGGAUCCUGAGCCACAGUGAAUCAAAUGCUGAAUCUGCAUUCAGCACAGAGCAUCCUCCCGUCACUUCCAUGGGAAACUGGCAUGUUCUUGACAUGGCCUUGCUGCCAGUCACCACCUUGCUAUCUGCGUUCCCUGUGGCUGCUGUUGAGUACUGCUGUGCCACAGAUAGUAAAGUGCUGUCUCUGCUCUACCCUACAUCUCACAGCUUCUGACUAGUUCCUUUCCCACUGAACCUGAACAGCAAUUUUCCAGCUAAAUGCAAGUAAAUCUUUCACCGUUGUGGCUUGCUGUCCUAGACUAGGAUGGGGAGGUGGAUGUACAUUUGAGGCUGGCUGGCUAGGUCCUUGCCCAGGCAGGUGAGAACAGCCCUUUGGGGACAUAGUGGGGGGAUGCUAGCCAUUUGGGAGAAGGGCAGGUAACUGCUGAGGCUUGGAGGCCUGGAGUCUGACAUUGAAGAAGGAAUCUUGGACCCCUUCCACAUACUCCUACAUCUCAUUGAACAGUAGGUCCCAGUAUCUGCUCCUCUGAUUUAUCCCAGCAUUGUUGGGUCUGAGCCUAGUGUCCACUGUUAAAUUUCCCCAGAACACCUGUGACACUCAUCUCUGUCCCAGUUCUGUUGCCUUUCACUAGCCAAAGUGGACCCCAGUUACAGAUCGAUACCUCUCCACAUGUCCUGGCUGAGGAAAAGCUCCACUCAGCCCUCCUGCACCAUGUGGCAUCCUCUAUUUUCAUGGAGCCUGUUGCUUUGUGAAUGAUGCGGAACCUGCCUGUUUUACUGCUGAGAUUUGACCUCAUGCCCUGUGAAGCUCAUAGCAGGAUUUGAGGAGAUAUUAUGGUGUUGGGCUAGAUAUUCACAUCUUACUGUUCUAGAAGUUGCUAUGGUAGGUUAAGAGGAGAGGCGAGGGAGCCCUGUAAAACUCUGUUAGCUCUCCUUAGCUCUCCUUAUGUGCAUAAGAGCCACUGCUGCAAUACAGUAAAUACCGAGUGCUGC